UGCUUUAACCAGAAUUAAUUGAAUUUGUAAGCCUUUACCAAUACCUAACGAAAUUUUAAUAUAAAUUAGUAAACAACACAUAAAAACAACUACACGAUGUGCUGAAAAGCGAAAAUAAAAACCACUUAUAAGUUUGUGUGUGUGCGUGUGUGGGAAAAAUCGAUCGAGAAAAUAUAUUUUGUAAAUUAAGAGGACAAAAUGUUGGCCUAGACGACGACAGAAACAAGUUUAAUUGUGAUACAUUUUCAGUACAAAUUAGUUAAAAAGUAGUGUAAAUGGCAAAAACCAACAAGAACAUUUUAUAACGAACAUAUAACAAAACCAACACCACCAACUAUACACUUAUUUUCAAGUGCAAUAUAUAUAUUUAAAGAACUCAAAUUUUAAAGUAACAAAUUCAUCUGAACAUUCCUGCGCAACAGAAACCAAAAUGGCUGUAAAAAUGUACUAGGCCAGCCCUCACAAUGUCUGUCCCUGUACGCUACUCUGCUGCCGCCGAAUACGCCGUCGUUGAUAGUGGUUUGGAAAAUACUCUACAACAAGAAGAGCAAUACCACCUACAACAACAGCAACACCAACAGCGCCAGCUUGAACUGCAUCUGCAACUGCAACAGCAACAACAAGUGCAAUACGAAGAGCAAUACCAACAGGAGCAGGCCUUGUAUUGCCAAUUGCAAUUGCAGCAGCUGGAGGCGCAGGCGUUGAGGCGGGAGCAGCAGUUGAUGCAGCAGCGGUCAUCGAUGUCGUCGUCGGCAAUGCUAAAUGCGAAAGCCGGGUUGCCCGCCAACAUUGUCAACAAUAACAACAACAACAACGACAUGGACGCCACUACCAUUAAUGCGAUCCUGGCAGACGAGGCCGAUGACGAACAACCAUCAACAUCGGCGCAGGCACAGGCUCAGGUGGCGGCCCUAAGGGCAGCGGGCGGCAACGCUAAUGCUGGCAUUGGCCACAAUGCAGAGAUGCGAACUGAUUGGAUGAGGAUUGCGGAUGAGGGCCGGUAUGGGACACCGGGUGCUGCUGGCUUGGACUAUCAACAUCAUCAAGAACAAUUGGACGCUGAUGGAGCCUCUGGCUCUGCUAGCAACAACAUCAAUGGCAAUGAACCAUUAAAGUCGAACGUGAGCAGCAUGAAGACACUGGAGGAUAACUUGCACUCGCUUACCUCGGAUGAGCUCUACAACACGUUGAAGGAAUAUGAUGCGCUGCAGGAUAAAUAUCAUACCGUUCUGCUAUUGCCUAAGGAAUCAAGACGUGAGGUAACCGCCGGUGGUCGUGAUGGCUCCGCUUACGUUUUGCGUUGCCUUAAAAUGUGGUACGAGCUGCCCUCUGAUGUACUCUUCUCUGCCAUGAGUCUGGUGGAUCGCUUCCUGGAUCGCAUGGCAGUUAAGCCGAAGCACAUGGCUUGCAUGAGUGUUGCCUCUUUCCAUUUGGCCAUCAAGCAGCUUGACUUGAAGCCCAUACCUGGCGAGGAUUUGGUUACAAUAUCUCAGUGUGGUUGUACCGCCGGCGACUUGGAGCGUAUGGCUGGCGUUAUUGCCAACAAACUGGGCGUCCAAAUGGGCCAUGCGCCCAUUACCUCGGUCAGCUACCUGCGCAUCUAUUAUGCACUCUUUCGCAAUCUGGCCAAGGAGAUUGGUGGCGAUUUCUUCAAAUUCUACCAGCAACUAAUCAAGCUGGAGGAACUGGAGAAUCGUCUUGAGAUUCUGCUCUGUGAUGUGAAGACCACGGUAAUCACACCUUCGACGCUGGCACUGGUUCUCAUCUGUUUGCAUUUGGAUUUCCACAUCAAGGAGUCAUACACCCGCGGCAGUCCCGAGCUAAAGCACGUCUUCGAGUACAUCCUAUUCUUGCAGCAGUACAUGAGGAUUCCCGAUCGCGUUUUCACCUGCGGCUUCAGCAUUGUGUCAGGCAUUUUGUCCCAUUACAAUGGCCAGAACAAGGCACCCUAUAAGCAGCGGCUUGUCUGGAAGUUGUCCAGUCGCACGUUGCGAGUCCUGCGCCCGACCAAUCGCUUCUCAUCCGAUUUACCCACCAUUGAGGAAGGCAUAUCAAACGCUAUGGACGAUGGCUUGCGUUCGAGAACCGAGAGUAUUAGCUCAGAAGAAGAGGAAGACUGGCCAACUUCACCCAUAAUUCCAAUAUUUGAACAAUGUUAGUACCAGCAGCACACACUACAACAACAACAGCGAGCACAUCCCAAGGACCGGGACAAAUCUCCGUUGGAGGCAAGGCAGCAGGGUAUAUAUCGAGUUACCAGACUUGGCAAAUUGCUGAUGGACCUUAAGCGGCCCUAUAGCCCAGGAAACAUAUCUGCCGUAAGAACGCUGCCUACAAGUAACAACAAAUCAACCGACAACAGCAACAGCUGAGCAAUACCAACAACAUCCACACCAACUGCUGCUAAAAUGCGAGUGCGUGUAUGUGUGUCUGUGUGUGAGGUUAGGGGUGUGUGUAUAUUUUGCUAAAAUGCAUCAUAAUUAUUUAGCGUAUACAUAUAUAUCUAUAACUUAUGCUGGUUCUAAUAUCUAAGAAACAACAACACUAAGAGGUGAAAAGGUCAGAUCAGAUCAGUUUAGCUUAGAUGGUCGCUGCUGAAAGGCCACGCCUGUAAGCCCUCAGUGCCAGGCGACAUUUAUUUCGAUUUAUUUGCGACAGACAGAAAAUGUGUUAAAAAAGAAUCAAAAUGAAAAAAAAAAAAAUGAUAAAAGGAAAAACAAAUGUUGCGGACCAUCAUACAAAAGAUUGAUGUCGCUCCGGACCAUUUUAUUGAGAUCAAUGAGAAAAAUGAUUUAAUGAUGAUGAUGCUACCAACCAGGAAGCGUCUGGAUGGGACAGCAAUUUUUUGUUGGUUACGCUUAAAAAAAAAAAAACACAAAUUUCUUUAAAAUAUUUCAAAAACAAUACAAAAAAAUAUCUAUGUUUACACCUCAUAUAAGUUUGUAAAGUAUUUUUGUUCCAAUUAAUGUUUGUUUCGCUCUUACGUUUCCGUUUGUCUUCAAUUAAAAACAGAAAUCAAAUUGACUUAAAAAAUAAACAAAAUAAAAAAUCAAACAAUAAAAAAUAUAAAAAUUUAUAAAAAGUACAAAAAAUCCUUUAUAUAUAUAUAUAUAUACGUAUAUAUAUAAACAGGCUCCUAAACUAAGGUAUAAAGUUAAAAACAAUCUAACUUCAACUGAACAACCACAUCAGCAAGUUUAAGCCGCACCCGAAAGAAAAAAAAAAACAAAAUUAUACAAAAAAUACGAUAAAAAAAAGAAUUUGCAUUAACAAUUUGCGCCCAUAAGUUUAUGACUUUAACUAAGAAAUCUAUUAUUAGCAACAGCAAUAACCGUAUAAACCAUAUGUAGUUGUGUGUAGUAGAUUUUUCUCAAACAAUAAAAAAGAAAACAAAAGCAAGCAACUUUAAGAAUAAACAACAAACAAUCAAAUUUAAAUCACCCGCAAGCAACACUUUAAAUUCUAGUUCUUAGUCAAAUGCUAAACACUUUUGUUAUUAUUUAUUUAACGAAAACGUGCAACUUUUUUGAGAGCUCCGUAUCCUCUCCGACUCUCAAUCGAUGUCCCCGAGACAAAAAGUAUGGAAUGUGUUGAGCGCUGUUCAAGAACCGUUCGAGCCGCCAAUGCAAUAUUUCAGAACCCACGGUGAUCUUUUUAUAUUUACAUACGUAUUUUCCUUUUUUUUGUUAUACAUUAUAUUACUUAAUUUAUUUAAAAAUAAAGGCACAUCCACUUGUAAAAACGUAACGAGCCCAAUUCAAUUGUACUAUAUUUAAAUAAAUAUUUUAGUCUAGGCUAAAUUUCUAAAAACAAAAACAACCGGCGACAAAAAACGCAGCUCCAAUUUUCAUUUUCAUUCUUUUACAAUCUUUAAAAGUUUAAGCAAAAUUAUGAUGCAUCGAUUAGUGAAUAUACACAGAGAGAAACAGUAACAGAAACUGUAACAGUUACAACAGAGAGAGAGGGACGAACCACUUGUUUUCAUAAGUUUUAGGCUAAGUGAAGCCAAGAUAAAUAAGAAAAAAGCUACCGCAAAUGACUCUAAAAUGACAAAAACUGCAAAUUAUUUCACGCAAUUGUGCAAAUGGCCAGAAAGGUCGCCACCACCAUGUCUGUAAAUUUGAAUAAAUGCGCGUGUCAUUGUGUCUCAGUGACAUCUAAUUUUCGCGAAAAUGUACAACA